CUCACUCUGUCUUUUUUGACAUGUGUGUCAGAACAUGAGGAAGCUUAGAUCUUGUUCAUUUUCGACAUGUCUCAUUGUUUACGUUCUUUUUACAUUCACAUUUCUGAUAUCAAAUAUAGAAGCUUUUGACUCUCUCUUACAGCUCCCACUAUCUGGGUCGACCAGAAGGUCCAGAACCCGACCCAGAUCCAAACGGGUCCUUUUUAUUGGUGACUUUGGUGCUCAAGGAGAUGGUGUUAAUGAUGAUACUGAGGCUUUCAAAGAUGCCUGGGAAGUAGCUUGUUCUUUCUCUGGACGAAUAAGAAUUGUGCUUCCGACUGGAUAUAUUUUUCUGAUUUAUCCUAUUGAUAUUGUUGGGCCUUGCCGAUCAAAGGUCACUAUUCAGAUAUCUGGUACAAUAGUUGCACCCGAAGAUCCUGAUGCCUGGCAUGGUUUGAAUCCUCGUAAAUGGCUCUACUUCCAAGGGGUGAAUCACCUUACCAUAGAAGGGGGAGGCUUAAUCAACGGGAUGGGACAGGAAUGGUGGGCUCGGUCUUGCAAAACUAACUCAACUAAUCCGUGUGAACAUGCUCCAACGGCCAUUACUUUCCAUAGGUGCAAGUAUUUGAAUGUCAAGAACCUUAUGGUGCUUGAUAGUCAACAAAUGCACAUUUCAUUCACCAAAUGUCUUCGGGUUGUUGCAUCCCAUCUCGAAGUGAUAGCACCUGCUCGUAGCCCUAAUACUGAUGGAAUUCACAUCAGUGCAUCAAAAGGUGUUGAGGUCAAGGAUAGCAUAAUCAGAACAGGAGAUGACUGCAUCUCUAUUGUCAGCAACUCUUCACGGAUCCGGAUCAAAGACAUUAUCUGUGGCCCAGGUCAUGGCAUAAGUAUCGGAAGCUUGGGAAAAUCAAACUCUUGGUCACAGGUGCAAGAUGUUCUGGUGGAUGGAGCUUUGCUGUCCAACACUGAUAAUGGGGUGAGGAUCAAAACAUGGCAGGGAGGUAGUGGUUUUGCCACUGAUCUUACUUUCCAGAAUGUGUUGAUGGAAAAUGUAUCAAAUCCGAUAAUAAUAGAUCAAUAUUAUUGCGACUCACGGCUUCCAUGUGCAAAUCAGACUUCAGCUGUUAAAGUGGAGAAUAUAGCCUUUAUGCACAUUAAAGGAACUUCAGCGACAAAGGAAGCAAUAAAAUUUGCUUGUAGUGAUGACUACCCAUGUGAAGGGUUAUACUUGGAAGAUAUUGAUCUUGUAUCAAGUUCUGGGGGAAUGACAAAAUCGUUUUGUUGGGAAGCAUAUGGCUCAAGUUCAGGAUUAGUUAACCCACCUGCUUGCUUUCCGUGUUGAGAAAGCUUCAUUAAACAGAAAGUCAUACUGGAUUCAACAAGAAAUAAACAGGCCUAAUGAGAAGUGGCUAAAAUGCUUUUUCUCCCCCGUAUAUUUUUGGGGUCAAGUCUGAUGACUUUUGUACAUAAUUCUUUGAUGAUGAAUACUCUGCCAAUUCAUUCAUCCCAUUAUAUGUAAUAGGCCUGUUACCAUUUUCUGUAAAUCAUUUGUCUGCCCUAAAGGACUAUUACAAAUAGACUCAAAUAAAAUAAAAUAAAAAGCAUAAUUUAGUGACAUUUUAUCAA